AUGCUCUCUCCGAUGGACUCCGAGGAUAGCCCCGGCAUCUCCAGAAACAGAGAGUCCAGCAAGAGGCGACGUCUCAAUUUCGCCUGCAACUACUGUCGGAACCGCAAGACGCGCUGCGAUGAGCAGCAGCCCUCUUGCCAGGCUUGUAUCUCCGCUGGGAUCCCCUGCGUUACCGAAGACCGGCGGCGGCCCGGUAAGUUGAUCAAGCGGCGUGAGGCUGGGAAGUCUAUCGAUGGGUUGUCUGUCAACUCUACAAGUCCCUCCGAGUACGGAGCGGUAUCCGUCAGUGAAGAGGGUCUGGCUAGGAGACGGUCGGUGAUACAGGAGCCUCAGCCGCGUACAAUCACUGUAGCUCCAGGCCCAAUUCGUCCGUGGUCGCAAAGUCCACGACAAUCGAAGAGUAGAGAUUCUUCGCACACAGAUACGAUCAUCAACCCUCUCCCAGUCUUGAAGCAGAGUACAGGGACAACCUCAUUCCAGAUCCCUCAAGCUCUUUUUGACGCUUAUGAGAGAGAGGUGCAUACCUUUUACCCCGUUGUACGCCUAGAACAGGCCCGGGUUGAAGCCACACAGUCACAACAAUCCAUUGUAGUAAAUCCAGCUUUCGGGUCUGUCGACACCGCGGCUUUGAGAACCUGUCUGCUAUUCGCUGCCGGCGGAUGUAUCCUUCAGCAUCCUGAGAGGAGGUCAUAUAUGGCGGACUCGCUAUCUCUUGCACGCAAUGCUUUGGGCCAUCUGAUUGGCAAUGUCUCAUUUGAAACAAUAGAGGUGCUAUUCCUCUUCUCAGUAUGCCUCCGACUCAAUGACGAGAUCACCUCUGCUUGGACAACUCUAAAUAUCUGCCUCUCAAUCGCCCACUCCCUUGGUCUCAACAGACCAGCCAGGGACAAAAGAAAGACUACCACUUCUUCAGACAUCCAUGCUUGGAAUCCUUCGUGGUGGGCUUUGUACAGCUACGAGAAGCUAUUCUCCUUCCAGCUUGGUUAUGUUUCAAGCAUCUCCGACGAAGCUUAUGGUGCUUUGGACCUCGAAGCCCCGAAGCAUUGUAAGCCUGAACCGCGACAUUAUGUCUUGUCAAUGGCCCAAGUCUUUAGCAGGAUGAGCCAUCGAUGUGCCAAAGCACGACAGCUUGAGGAUCGGGCUAGUAGAAGGACAAUUGAAGCAGCCAUUAAAGAUAAAGUCAACGGGACGGGUGAGUCUUUUAUAAUGCUAUCGAAUUGGGCAAACAGUAUUCCUUCUGGUAUCAGACCCACGUCGGAUUUUAUCCGGGUACCUGAAGACCUCGCGCUGUCUUCAUUUAUCUCCCUCCACUAUCACAAUGCUAUCAUAAUGCUUAAUCGCAACUCACUCGUCAUCAGUAAAGAUGCCAUCUACAAAGCAGUUGAAAUUAUCGCAAAGGACACCCCAUGGGAAUACUCGAUUCGCAACGGCCAAUCCAUGGUAGCCAACUCUGCUCGCAAGAUCAUUCACCUUCUCGCAGACAGUGACGAUACGGCAUCUCAUCUCUUUGCACCCGCGUACUUCCCUUUGUUGCAUGCUCUUUACGUACUAGCUAUACAUAUCUUGAAGCAACCCCAUUCCCGGAUCGCCAAGAUCGACCAAAGUCUUCUCAUAACAGCUGCCGACUUGGCACGUUGCUACUGUGUCGGACUCGACGAGGCAGACCGACUUCAUACUGUGUUGAAUGGGCUUGUUGGAGUGGUGCAAGAAGCGAUGAAGCCUGCCCCAACGACUGGACAGAUCGAUCACAACACUCUGCUCAGAUAUUCGGAUGAAAACAUAUCUCAGAGGAACAUUACACCAUUACCGCCACAGCAAUCCGGAAGUGGAACAUUUUCACAAUCAUUAGUACCAUCAGAAUCGUCGAUCCUAAACCCUGUUGAUCUGAGGAUGGACGAGGGGGCACUUAACCAAUUUUCUGGUCAACCGUUCAACAUACCUAUACUACCGGAUGAGAUUGGAUGCGACUGGGCGGACUUUGAGAUUCUGUUGCAGGGGCUUGAGAAUGAUCCUGGCUUGUAUACGCCUGAAGACGGGAUGAACAUGGAUCUUUAG